AAUUAACGAUCAAUUUGGAAUCUCUUCAGUUUCAAAAACUUAUGGAAUCAAGAACAUGUAUAAAGAUUUUAAUUAUAAAGAUGAUGUGAUGCGGGUAGAAAAUAAACUUUCUGUGCUAGAAAUGCAAGCAUCAGAUAUAAUUCAUAAUAUUGUUAAUACAUCUCAAAAAGAAAGUCAG